AUGAAGUUUUCAAUUUUAACUACUUUGGCAAUUGCAGCCACUGCUGUUGCGCAGCCGCUUCUCUUCAAGAGAGACAAUACCACUGAACGUGCUAAUGUCACCGCUACCCACAUCGAGCAGGAUGAGUCCGACAACAAUGAUUUACAGACCAGUUACGGUAGUCAUUAUGCUUUGUUCCAGCCCAAGGUGGUGGUAAUUUCUAUGUUUGAAUUGGAAAGAGAUCCAUGGCUCGAACUGCUUGAUUUCAAGCACAACAUUACUCUUCCUGGUCUUUCUCCUAUUUACCCUACUGUUCACUGCACAACCAACUAUUCCAUUUGUCAGGUGACAACUGGUGAGGGAGAAAUCAAUGCUGCUGCUUCCAUCACCGCCUUGUCCUUGUCUCCAUUGUUCGACUUGACCAAGACUUACUUUUUGAUUGCUGGUAUCGCUGGGGGUAUGCCCGAGUAUACUACCCUUGGGGGAGUCACUUUUGCCAAGUAUGCUGUCCAGGUAGGAUUGGAAUACCAAAUUGACCCCAGAGAGGUUGAGAAAACCAACCCAGACUGGAACACUGGAUAUUUUGCUUACGGUACCAAAAACCCUUUCACUUACCCUAAGAACGUCUACGGUACUGAGGUAUUCGAAUUGAACGAAAAGCUCCGUGACAGAGCUGUGGACUUGGCUAGUAAAGUGGAGUUGGACAAGGGCACCAAGCAAAAUGCGAAAUUUAGAGCCUUGUACAAAGAAGAGGCUGCCAAGAAGGAACCUUUCAUUGCCAAAUGUGAUGUUUUAACAUCUGACAACUACUUCAGCGGCCCUCUCUUGGACGAAUACUUCUCAAACUUUACCAAGUUGAUGACGAACGGAAGUGGAAUUUACUGUUCCACUGCACAAGAAGACAAUGCUUCAUUGGAGGCUCUUACUAGAAUGGAUCAGUAUGGAUUGGUUGACUACGAAAGAAUUGUCGUUAUGAGAACCAUUUCUGACUUUGCCGUGCCUCCUCCAUCCAUGGCUAACAAUACCGUCAAAUUUUUCACCGAGGCAGACCAAGGUGGAAUCGGUGCUUCUUUGACCAACUUGGUCAAGGCUGGAUUGCCAUUUGUUCACGAUGUUAUCGAGAACUGGGACGAUGUUUACGAAAAAGGUACAAAGUACGUGCCAGAUAAUUACAUUGGAGAUAUUUACGGCACCCUUGGUGGAACUCCAGACUUUGGAAAGGAGAGCUUCGGUGUAGCAUGA